AUGGAGGAAACGAAAGUUAUUUACUACAUAGACGAUGAGGAGACGCCGUAUUUAGUUAAAAUACCGAUAUCGCCCGAAAAAGUGACGUUAUUGGACUUUAAAAAUCAAUUGAACAGACCUAACUAUAAAUUCUUUUUUAAAUCGAUGGAUGAUGAUUUUGGUGUUGUGAAAGAAGAGAUUGUGGACGAUAACGCUCAUCUUCCGUGCUUUAAUGGUCGUGUGGUGUCGUGGCUAGUCUCCGCGGAAGGAUCCAACCCUUCAGACGGGGCUUCACAGUGUACCGACAGUAAUGCUGGUAAAGGUAAACCAAACCCUCAUGGAGCCCCUACCGUGCCGCUCACUCGUGAUACCUGUACUGAUACUGACAGCACGAUAAGCUCUCGACCUGGACAUCGUGCGUCCUGUGACAAAUACAAGUACAGAGGGCUCAGAAUAAAUGGGCAUUCAAAGUACGGUAAUCAUGGCCUGGAAUACGAAACAGCCUCUGUUCUUAGCUCAGAUCUGGACUCCACGAGUCUCUUUGACAGUCAGUCUGAGAUCACAACAACAACUGGUCGCCAUACGAAUGCUUCAGUGGAUCGCGCACUCACAGAAUGCAGUAGUGUUUCCCACCUUCAGGUCAGUUCGAGGAAGCGGCCUCAGCGAAGACGAAAAAGGCCACAAGUAAUGUCACGAACUUCCUCAUAUUCAUCCAUAACUGACUCUACAAUGUCUAUGCAUAUAAUCACUGUAACUUUGAACAUGGAUACUGUAAAUUUCCUUGGGAUAUCUAUAGUGGGGCAGUCAAAUAAGGGUGGUGAUGGUGGAAUCUAUGUAGGGAGCAUUAUGAAAGGUGGUGCUGUUGCCCUGGAUGGCAGAAUAGAACCUGGGGAUAUGAUAUUACAGGUGAAUGACGUUAACUUUGAAGACAUGACCAACGAUGAAGCUGUGAGAGUGCUGCGUGAAGUGGUCCAGAAGCCAGGCCCCAUUAAAUUGGUUGUUGCCAAGUGCUGGGACCCCAACCCUAAAGGGUAUUUCACCAUACCCAGAACAGAACCAGUUAGGCCUAUUGAUCCUGGUGCAUGGGUGGCGCACACGCAGGCUCUGCGUGAGGCGUAUCCGCCUCCCAGCAGCGCGGGGGGCGGAGUCCCCACUUCAGAGCCGGGGGCUCCCGAGCCGCCGCAGCUCUCCGUCGCCAUGGACAUGGCGCUCGUCGUGCGCGCCAUGCUGCGACCUGACAGCGGUCUGGAGAUCAGGGACCGGAUGUGGCUAAAGAUCACGAUCCCCAACGCGUUCAUCGGUGCGGACGUGGUGGACUGGAUCCUGCAGCACGUGGCAGGCAUAGCAGACAGGCGAGACGCGCGCAAGUACGCCUCGCACAUGCUCAAGUGCUGUUACCUACCUAAACGACUCAGUGCUACUACGUGGCUGGCGAACUGGGUGGUGGGGGGGGAGCUGUGCGGCGAGCUGGCCGCGCUGCGCCUGCGCGACGGGGACAGCCUCGCCGGCGACACGCUGGCGCCGCUGCCUAACCCCAACAUGAUGGGACCUGGUUACAUGCCAUAUGCAGGCUCGUAUGGCUACCAGCCCAUCCCGUUCAAGUACACCUCGUGUGUUACCAGCGAACAGACCAUCUACGGGUAA